ACGACGAAAAGAUGGCGGCAACAAUAUCUAAACUGGAAGACUGUACACCUCAGACUAUUCAACAUCUGAUAGCAUUAAUAAAUAAUCAGCCAUGCCUCCUUUUAGAUGCGGAAGUUCAUUAUUAUUAAUUUAUUUGGACUCUGUUUUAAAGGUGAAAAAGAUGGGAUUGAGCCUGGAUGAAACUAGUAAGGGGUUUAUCUCUCUAUUCGGGGUAGAGGACACCGUCAUGCAGGAUCUUGAUAUUCCUCAACGAGACAAAAAAAUUAUUCAACUUAUGAUAAAAAGACAGGUAGAAGAGGUGGUUCAGGAGACUAAUAGACAAUUAAUCUGGAAAUCAUGGUUGGCAGAAAAGGAGGAGGAGGAGGCUAGAGCUCUGGCUAACCUGGAGAAAAAUAGAAUCCUUUACCAAGAAAACUUGAAGGAUGAACAGAUUACCAGGAAAAAAAGGGAGAAGAAAAUACAAGAAAAAGAAGUUUCUGAAAAAUAUGAACUUAAAAACAAAAUUCAACGCAAGGAGAUAAGGCAAGUAGAGAGGAUGAAAAAAAUAAAAGAGGAAAAGGUGAACAGGAUAAACAAGGAAGCAAGAAAGAGGGAUGAAAAAUACUUAAAAGCCCGGCAGGCUGCCAAGAGUAGAUCUGAUAGAGAAGAAAACUCUAAUGCAGAGCAUUGGAAUUGGUUUCAACAAAAACAGAGACAAGCAAACAAUAAAAAGAAUAUCGACCAGGACGGGACAACUGUAACAGUCCCACGGUUAAAUAAGGAAAGGGUUGAAGAUCAAAGACAUUAUGAGGUUGCGCAUCUUUUAGCAUACUUAGAGAAAAGGGAUCGACAAGUUGAGAAAGCCAUUCAAGAAAAACAAACUGCAGAGCAGGAACAAAUUCAAAGGAAUGCUGCUGCACUUAAAACUAAGCUGGAAAAUGCUCAAAAAUUAAGGAAUGAACUAACAGAACGAUUUAAAAACUGGAAGACACAUUUGGUGAAAACAAGAGAAUUGGUUGCAAAUCAAGCAAAGGAAAAGAAAGAUGAAGAACGAAGAUUAAAAUCUGAAACUAAAGCGAACGAGAGGGGACCUGAGUCACAUUUUGAAAGAUAGAUCUAGGCUAGGAAUUACAGUGAAUUGUAUGUUGUAAGACAGAUAUUUGAGAAUACAGAUAAAGUCAUAUCUUGACUGACAUUGAUACUAAGGUAUUAUUGAGCAACCUGGAGUUUACGAUUUAGUUUUAUUUUGUAAGACAGCUAUAUCUGAGAUUAUUGAGCAACCUGGAGUUCACUAUUGAGUUGUAUCUUGUAAGACAGAUACCUGAGAAUACAGAUAAAGUUGUAACCAGAUUGAUAUUGAUACAAAAGUAUUAUUGAGCAACCUGGAGUUUGUGAUUGAGUUGUAUUUUGUAAGACAGAUACCUGAGAUUAUUGAGCAACCUGGAGUUUACGAUUGAGUUGUAUCUUGUAGGAUAGAUACUUGAGAAUGCAGAUAAAGUUGUAUCCAGAUUAAUAUUGGAACUAAAGUAUUAUUAAGCAACCUGGAGUUCGCGAUUAAGUGUAUCUUGUA